AUGACAAACUUUACGGCGGAACGAAAGCCCCAUUUCAACGAAAAGAACAUCUCAUCGGCACAAAUGGCCCACGCAUUCAACUACGCCGGUGGCCAGUUCACCGGAACCCGAGCGGCUCAAACAGGCGAGCUCGUCGCAGCUACCGGGACUCUGGCUGGCACCGACGGCAGCCAAAUCGAGGACAUUGGCCUUGAAAUCGAGCAGUCGCUGGUUGCCGUGAGCGUCGAGGAAUCAGACGUCAACGACCAGCCCCGCUACACACUCAUCGACGGACAUCUUAUUCGUUCUGAGACUGUCACGGGCAUUGUCAACAAAUGCGUCCAGAACGCUAUCGCCGGUAUGACCAAGCCCAAGAACAUCGCUGAGCUCGGAGCACCACCGACUUAUACGACACACGGCAUUGUGUUGCAGAACCCGAACAUUGCAUCGAACCCCACCAACGGGAUUUUUCCGUCCCAGCUUCAAGGGCAUGCAAAUACAUCGGCUAAUUAG